AUCUUAUUUUGAAAGGUACAACCGGAGACGCGGCGCUUUAGCGUUACUGGUCAGUAACAUAUCCCGGGUACCGUGGAGGUCAGUGACGGGCGGCGGUUCUCCUCCGGGUUCGUGUUAGGCGAACAGGCGUGGAGCACCGAGGGAACAUGGCGGCUCACGUCCAGGGGCCGCGGGCCGCGGGCGGCUGCUGACAUGCAGCGGACGGAACGAUCCACUCGGCUGGUCGGCUCCCUUUCUCUCCGUCUCCUCCAUUUUGGUCGUCAGUGAUGGAGCACAUCCGCACGCCCAAGGUGGAAAACGUGCGUCUCCUGGAACGAUCGUCCGGCCAGAGACGGAUCAGCACCGGGACUCUGUACCUGUCCGCCACGCACACCAUCUUCGUAGAGAGCAACCCGGACACACGCAGGGAGACAUGGGUGCUGCACAGCCUGGUGAGCGGCGUGGAGAGGACGCCCAGCACUCCUGCAGGGAGCCAGCUGAUGCUGCGCUGCAAGGACUUCAAAGUCUUCCAGAUCCUCAUCCCUCAGGAGAAAGACUGCUCGGACGUGCACUCCUCACUGGUCAGACUGUCGCACCCAGAGAAGUACAGUGAGCUGUACUGCCUUUCAUUCAAUCCCAGCGUGAACAAAGAGGAGAGGGAGGAGUCAUGGAGGUUCAUCGACCUGAUGGCCGACUACAAGAGGAUGGGAGUCCCCAACAACCUGUGGGUGACCACAGCCGCCAACAGUGAAUACAGGGUGUGUGAUACUUACCCCUCCGAGGUGUUUGUUCCAAAGUCGGCCACACCUGCCGUCAUUGUGUGCAGCUCCAGGUUCAGGAGUCGGGGACGGUUUCCUGCUCUGACCUACUUCCACCAGGACACACUGGCAGCAGUGUGUCGGUGCAGUCAGCCGCUGUCCGGCUUCAGUGGACGCUGUCAGGAGGACGAGCUGAUGCUUCAAGCUAUAAUGAAGUCCAACCCCGGCAGUGACUACAUUUAUGUGGUGGACACUAGGCCCAAGCUGAACGCCAUGGCCAACCGAGCAGCGGGCAAAGGCUAUGAGAACGAGGACCAUUACACCAACAUCAAGCUGCAGUUCAUCGGCAUCGAAAACAUUCAUGUGAUGAGGAGCAGCCAGCAGAAAAUCAUUGACAUUGGUGACAUGCGGGCUCCCUCCAUGACUGACUUCCUGUGGGGUCUGGAGAACUCUGGUUGGCUCAAACACAUCAAGGCUGUACUGGACGCCGGCGUCUUCAUAGCCAGGGCCGUGGCUGAUGAAGGUGUCAGUGUGCUGGUCCACUGUUCAGACGGCUGGGACAGGACGGCCCAGGCCUGCUCCGUGGCUAGUGUCCUGCUAGACCCAUACUACAGAACCAUCAAAGGCCUAAUGGUCCUAAUAGAGAGAGACUGGGUUUCCUUUGGACACAAGUUUUCCCACAGGUACGCCCACCUGGACGGGGACCCUAAGGAGGUGUCCCCCGUCAUCGACCAGUUCCUGGAGUGUGUGUGGCAGCUGUCGGAGCAGUUUCCGUGCGCCUUUGAGUUCAACGAGCACUUCCUCAUCAGCCUACACACACACGUCUACUCCUGUCAGUUUGGGACCUUCUUGGGGAACUGCCAGAAGGAGCGCCGGGACAUGAGGCUCAGUGAGCGAACUCACUCUCUGUGGCCUCAGCUGUGGGAGGACAGAGCGGAGUACACCAACCCGCUGUACAAGGCUGAGCUGAGCCAGAGUCAGGCUGUCCUCAGGCCCAACACCACCCCCUACUGCUUCAAGAUGUGGAAGGGUCUCUACAAUCACAUGGACAAGACGACGCCCGCUCGCCAGUCGCCUGCCGACGUCCUGUCCGCUGUAAGGGAAGAGUCUCAGCAGCUGGAGGAGGAGCUGACCAAUCACCAGGAGAGGAUAGCGGCUCUGACCCGAAGGCCCGUCACAUGGGAGAAGGUGGAGGUUCCUAGGAGGAGGACCGGCCACCUGCAGCAGAGACACUGUGGGCCGGACCCGCCCUCCAGCUACAGCGCCCCAGCACCCGGCCAGCACACAGCCCACUCUGAGCCAGAGGAGCCUCUCGGACCACACGUCCAGCUCAAGCACCUCUGUAGCUGCAGCGACCUGGAGUCUGGAGUGGCUGAUCUCAGCAGCCGCUCGUCCAGCGGCGGCGACUACUGCAAGGACCCAGACUUUGAGUGAGCUGCUUGAACCAGAACUGGAGGAACAGCUGUACAUACCUGAUCGUAUUUAUUGGACUGUUUCCUUGGUGACAGUUAAGUUUCUGUGGUUUGUCUGAAGGGAAUCACUGCGAACAAAGGGACAAUUUUACUGCACUGAACUAAGUCUGUUUUCCUGUGGUUUGUUUCCUCCAUGUUAUGUUGUCCAACGUAUUUUAUAGAUGGGUUUUAUUUUUACUACUGACAGUUCAGCUUUGUUUACGAAAUCAACUCUGACUACUGACAGAUGGACAAAUGUUACUGGAACAAUGAGCAGCUGAAACUAAAAGAGAGAACUGACAUUAACUGUUGACUUGAAUCUAGCCGUGACUUCACAUCAUUUAUUCACAUGCAGUCUUCCCCCUUCAAAACAUAAUAUAUCUACAUUAUACUUAUCUAUACACAGUAAUUAUGGCCUCUUAUAUUCUGCUGCCUAAGAAAAUCCUGUGAAAAUUAGAUCACAUGUUGGAAACCAGGGUUUAUCUAGUUCCUUUAUCUUGUAAUGUUUGAUGGACUUUAAAUCCAGUAGAAGUAGAACAAAAGGAAUUUGAAUUACCCAAAGACACUGGAUGUUCACAGAGUAAAGGAAUGUCACAGAUCUGCAUCAUCAUUAGAACAAAAUGUUUACAAGUGUUGCGUUUGAUUUUUUUGUACAAUAUCUGAUAUUGUACCAAUUCCUUGUUAGUUCUAGUGCUUUGAGGCGUUCAAGGGCAGUAGUGGAGGGUAGUCAUCUAGUUCCAACCUUUGAGGAUCUAACUGUGCAUCGCCCAGUUUCUGACGACUGUAACUGUAUCAUGUGACCCAGCUGUUGACCUCAGCUUGGCUAAAAAAGCUACAGGUGAGCUCGUCUGUUCCCACAGAUCAUUUACCAACAAGUCAAUUAAAUGUGUUCUUUGUCUCCA